AUGUUUUAUUAACAAUUCAAAGAAUACCCAAAAAAUUCAUAGAAAGAGAAAACAUAAUAAGAGCGUAAAACAAUAAAAUCAAUGGAUUGGAAUUGUAAUGGUAAUUAUUUAGGGACAUCAAAUGAUUCUUCAAUAAAGAUUUGGUCUUUUGAUGGAAAUAAUAUUAAGAGAUUAACCGAUUUAAAAUAAGGUUCAGAAUAAUUGGAGAAACUAUUAUUUCAUCCAAAUCAACCAGAAAUUAUAGCAUCAAUAACAAAAGAGUAUGUGAAGAUAUGGGAUAUACGAACAAAACAGAGUAUAAGAUAAGAGAAGAAAGAAUAAAUGGGUAUAGCUUGUUGGAGUCCAAAUGGUAAUGAAUUAGCAGUAGGUACAAAAUAAAAUAAAGAGACACAGAUAAUGUUUUUAGAUAUGUAAGGAGGAGAAAGAUCAAUAAUGUAUUAACCAAAAGAUAAAGACAAGAAUUUUGAAUUAAAGAAUAUAAUGUAUGAUAAAGAUGUGUUUGUAGCAGUUGGAUAAUAGAAUGGAGUAGGUAUGAUAUAAUUUAUGGAUGUUAAUAAUCCUUAAUUACCUCCUGUUCAUUAAAUGGAAGCACAUAGAACUGGAAUAACUUAAUGUAGAUUCAGUAAGGAUGGUUAACAUAUGUAUACAGGUGCUUAAGAUUCUUUAAUAAUGAUUUGGUAAUUACCAGAUUUAUUAUGUGCUGGAUAAUUGAUGACAAUAGAAUCAGAGAUUAAAUCAAUGUCUGUUUACGAUAGUAAGUAUAUAGCAGCAAUUGGAUUAGAAGAAUAAGCAUAUAUUUAUUAAGUAGAUAGAUGUUUAGCAGGAAAAACAGAUCAUAUUGAUUCAAUUAAAUUAGAAGGUUAACCAUCAGAAAUAUGUUUCCAUCCUCAUAAAUUCAUAUUAGCUAUUGUAUGUUAAGAUAAAAACAAAUAGGAGAGUGUGAUACAUUUAUAUGGAAAUUUAGGUGUUUGAAUAUUUUGUUAAG